AUGGCGCCAUCGAGAUUCAGACUGCGCUUCCCGCGCCCAAAGACGUUUCUGGGCUGCAUCAGCCUCCAGACUGGUACUGAGGUCAUUUCCUUGAUUCUCCUCUUCAAUAGGCUCACCGGCCUUUACGGUCUCCUCGCCGUCCUUACGGGCUACGAGCUGUCGGUAACUCAGCUGUCCAUGUACCUCUACUCGCUCGGCGUGAUUGUGCUCCUGGCCAUGUUCAUGCCCCACAUCCGCAAGCAGAGCCCCUUUGAGAACCUCAGCCUCGCAUGGCUCUACAUCAUCGACACGAUCCUCAACGUCGCCUACACCACCUUCUUCGCCGUCAACUGGUAUGUCAACAGUACGGCUCUCGAUAAGCAUCCGGGCAGCGCUGGCACCCCCGCGGGCGCCGAGAUCGCCGAGACGGCCCUUGCAAACGGCGCUCCCGUCGUCCCUGAUGUGCCCAAGACGACGAAGCACAUCGGCCCGCAGGAGUCGUGGAUGAGUCUGGGACUCAUCUGCUCCGUGACGUUGGUGCGCGUCUACUUUGCGCUGGUGGUCAUGUCCUUUGCGCAGCAGGUGCUGCAGCGGUAUAAUGAGAUGGGUUGGGAGGAGGAGGGCCGCAAGAAGGGCCCUGACGGCCCGUUUUCACAGGGCGAGCCCGGUGGCGAGGGAUCUCGCGGUCGCCUGGGUCGCGUGAUGCUAGCGCUCGGUCGCGGCUACUGGAUGAGCGAGAGACCGCAGGAUGAAUGGGCGAGCACGGUGAACGCCAAAUUCCGACACGCCGGGGUUUAA